AUGGAUUCAUCCGCACCACAACCUCCGGUUCUCCUUCCUCGACGCCUUCUCAUCUCUGUUGUUCUGAUCCUCAUCCUUCCUUUGCACGCCGCCCCGACUUCUGCCUCGGGCCUCAGAUGCUCGGACACCGAGAGGAAUUCCCUGCUGCGGUUCAAGGCCGGGCUCCGAGAUCCCGACGGCCGCCUCUCCUCGUGGACGGGACUCGACUGCUGCCUGUGGAGUGGUGUCACCUGUGACCUCACAGGCGCCGUCGUCAAGCUAGACCUCAAGAAUUCCCACUUCCUCGCCGACCCCGAGCCUUAUGGGUUCCUCAACGGAAAGCUCGACGCUUCUCUCCUGAAGCUCGAAUCCCUCGCCUACCUGGACUUGAGCCACAAUAAGCUCGACGACGUUCCCAUACCUGCGUGGCUCGGCUUCUUCAGGCACCUGGAGUACCUUGACCUUUGCGAAGCCGGCUUUGCCGGCGUUGUACCUCCCCAGCUUAGCAACCUUUCGACCCUUCGACACCUCGAUAUCUCCUAUCUUGACGACCCACCUCGCCUGCAUGUCGAGAGUUUCAACUGGAUCUCCCGCCUCUCUUCUCUGAGAUUCCUCUCCAUGAGCGGGGUCGAUCUCUCCGGGAUCGACUCCACGGAAAUCAUCCAGACCCUCAACGACAACCUGACAUCUUUGGCCGAUCUUCGCCUAGACAGCUGUGGCCUCUCUGGGAUACCACAAUUCCUUUCUUCCCUAAACUUUACCUCCCUCAAAAAACUCGACCUCUCCUGGAACAACGUCGGCCCCAUCGUACCGCCCUGGAUCCUCAACAUCACCAGCCUCGAGACUCUCGGUCUGGUCAGUAGCGGCUUCCACGGUCUCCUACCCUCUGGCUUAAGCGAGCUCCCCAACCUGGAGACGCUGCUCCUAUCCUACAACAAUUUCAGCGGAACCCUCCCAAGAUCCAUCGGCAAGCUCUGCAAGUUGCAUACCUUGUACCUGGAGUUCAACAAUCUGAACAGCGAAUUGCCGCAGUUCCUCGAUCUCUCCAGCAACUCUUCGUGCGGGCCGCUAUCUGGCCUCGUGGAGCUAGACAUGAGCCACAACAGAAUCCCCGGUCAUCUCCCCCGGUGGUUGGAGGAUCUCAAGAACCUCAAGUACCUUGAACUGGAAUCCAAUAUGUUCACCGGCGGUCUUCCCCUCGGCAUUGGAAAGAUGACCAAGUUAAUGCACAUCCUCGUGUCCGACAACCAGCUUAGAGGAGAGCUCUCGGAAGCUCAUUUGACAGGGCUGAAGGACCUGAUCACCUUGGAAGUUAACGAUAAUCGGGCGUUGGCGGUCACCCUGAGGCCUGACUGGACCCCACCGUUUCAAGUAGAGCGCUUGGGCCUUGGGGGCUGCCGGGUUGGUCCCCGAUUCCCCACGUGGAUCAAGAACCAGGUGCAUCUCGAGAACUUAGACCUCUCCAAUGCCGGCAUCUCGGACACCAUCCCGGCCUGGUUCUGGGGAUUUUCACCUCCUCUCAGUGAAAUCAGCCUCUCUUCCAACCUCAUCACCGGAACCAUUUCCGAAAAGAUCUCGUCUUUCAAGAGCCUGACUUCCCUGAACCUCUCGACCAACCGCUUCUCUGGUCGCAUCCCCUUAAGCAUGACCACCAUGCCAAUCACCCUCCUAGACCUCUCGAACAACAACCUCUCCGGUCAGGUCCCUCUCGGCGGCGGGAUGACGGCCUUCAACACGACGGCGUUUGAAGGAAACCCGCUUCUCUGCGGGCCUCCGACGAAUGUGAACUGCCCGAGGGAUCAUGGAGACAGAGACGGAGCGCCUUGCCGCAACGGCAUGACCAGAAACGCGUCUUUCUAUCUGGGCGCGGCCGCGGGAGCUGCCGUUGGGAUUCUAGUUACCCUCUUGAUCUGGAGUUAUCGUGGAAGAUUUCGCCAACAGGAGGUCGAAGGAAAAUCAAUGGCCUUCUCUUCUGAUGGUCAGAUGAAGGACGGAAGACUCAAGUAA